CUAACGAGUAACGACAAGUAAAUUUAACAUACAGUUUGUCAAAAGAAGGAAGUAAGCAUGAUAUUUAUGGACAGGUCAAACGUCAAAGAAUAAUAAUCUGGGCUAAGCAAUCUUGAAACCCAACCAUCUUCAAGCCCACAAAAUUACUUCCAAAGCCCUAACUUUGCUCCCGAAUAAUCCACAUCUAUAAAAGUAUAAAUCAUCGUCUCGUAUGAGAUCUAGGGUUUUAUUUUUUCUUAUCAGUGCAGGCGGUCGGUAAGUUUCUGCUCAAGGAAAAUGGUGAAGGGUCGUCAAGGGGAAAGAGUCAGACUCUACACCAGAGGAACGAUUCUGGGCUACAAGAGGUCGAAGUCGAACCAGUACCCAAAUACAUCUUUGGUUCAAAUUGAAGGAGUUAACACGAAAGAGGAGGUAGGAUGGUAUCAAGGGAAACGGAUGGCGUACGUCUACAAGGCAAAGGUGAAGAAGAACGGAUCACAUUACAGUUCACGUCUAAUCUUCCUCCCAAAUCCAUGGGAUCUAGGGUUAGAGUGUUCAUGUACCCAAGCAAUAUCUAAGGUUUAAUCAACAUUGGUAUGGAGGAUGUUGCUGCUUUUAUUUUCAUUGUUCUUGUAGUUUUUUGACGAUUUGUGAUGGAAGUUUUUUAUUUUUUAUAUGGAACAUGUCUAGAGCAUUACAAUGUCUUCUACCUCCUCUUUAAGAUUGCAAGACUACAUGUUCAAAUGAAUUUCUUCAUCAUAUAAUAUGCAUGUAAUGAUCAGUUCUAAUGGGAUCUAGUUUUGGACUAAGGUAAAAUUGCUCAAAUCAAGUUGAAGAAUAAUGGUUUUCACUUUACAAGAUCCUACCAAAUUGAAAUAUACAUGUUCAAAUGA